AUGGCAGAGGCUCUGCGAGCUGCUACGCGUGAAGCAAAGAUUGUCUACGGCGUGGCAUCCGAGACUGACGGUGCAACAGAAAGGGCGAAUCAGGAAGUCGAGAGAUAUCUGAGGAUCUUUGCUGCUUAUGCUCAGGAUAACUGGGAAGAGCUGUUGCCAGCGGCCAUGAUGGCCAUCAACAAUCACAACUCGACGUCGACAGGCCUGAGCCCGUUCUUUAUCACGCAUGGGUAUCAUGUUGACCCGAUACAAGUCAAGGAGAAGUUACGGACGGACGGAAGGUCCCCAGUGACCAGGGCUGAAAGCAUUGUGCAACGAUUUCGAGAGGCAACGGAAUGGGCCCAGGCGGCAAUUGCGUCAGCGCAAGAGCAGCAAGAGAAGAACGCCAAUUCGCGAAGACAGCCGUCAGACCAGUUCAAGCCUGGAGACAAGGUAUGGCUGCGACUUCGCAACAUCCGAUCCAAUCGGCCAUCCAAGAAGCUCGAUUGGCUGUCGGCCAAGUACACCGUCCUGGAGACCAUUGGGUCACACGCGUGCAGGCUGGACACGCCUGGGAAUACACAACGUGUUCCACGUGUCGCUCUUACGCUUAGCAGCGGACGAUCCGCUACCGUCACAGACGUCGGAUGA